GAGUUGGACUGUGACCUGGUUCUUCGUCGUUGGUUUCUUAAUCGACGUUGCAUUUGUUGAUGCACAGUGCAAACAAGAGAGAAACAUAGCUGGAAUGGCCCUGCGGGGAUUUGUUUUCAAAAAGUUUUCUGUAUCAGCCAUCCACGAGUGUGACAUCAGCUGCGAAAGAGAAAUCAGAUGUCAGAGUUAUAACUACGUAGUUGGAGAAAAGUCCUGUGAACUGAACAACCGGACCAAAGAGGCAAAACCUGAAAAUUUUCAACCAGACCUCGCUCGGUUUUACCACAUACGUUUUUUUGACAGGGCUCCUUUAGGAUCCGUACCAGAGAUGCCCGCAGAGUCGUGUCGGGAAAUAAAGAUGAGUGAAGGCAAAGCAGCCAUAAGCAGCAAAUAUUGGUUGGAUCCAAAUAGGAGUGGAAAGGCCGCUUUACUUUACUGUGACAUGGAAAUGGAAGCCUAUAUCGAUUCUGUUAUCCUAACGGCAAGUAGCUCCUUCGUACAUGAUUUGCAGCAGUUCCUUGAGCCCGUUAUUAGUGAUAAUAAGACUAGCAACUGGACAAGAUGUUACCAUGCGCUGUCACAUGGAUGGAAUACAACUCAAUUUCACAGCAGAUGCGACAACAAAGGGCCAACUGUCACCAUCGCACAAGUCGGAGAAUAUGUUUUUGGAGCAUACAUCAGUGUAUCGUGGACGAGUAAGUAUUUAAACCUUUACCUCUGA